AUGACAAGCUUUUUAUUACUAUUAGCAUAUGUUUUAUUUGUAACAUUUAAAAUACUAUACGAUCCGCUGUGGGAUUGGGUGCGAGGAGCUUUCAUAGUGACAUCUCUAAUUUUCGAUAUUGAACUUACGUAUUCCAUAUUUUUCGUGUAUUUUUUGGCGUGCAAAACAAAAAGGUGGUCACAAAUCUUGCAAGUAGAUGAGAGGAAUCCAAAUGUUUUACAGGAUAACAUUGGUAUCACGUUGGUUGAAAGGUUAUUUAAUAUUUAUGAAGAAAUAUUAGAUACGAUUGCACUAACGAAAGAAGCCGUUCAGUUUACGACAUUGCUCCAUAUAGUGAUUGUCUUUAUACAAUCAUUGACUUACAUUGAAAUAUUGAUUAUGAUGACUCAAAAUCAAAGGAUUGAACCAGUAGCAGUGACUAGCCACGCAUUUGGAGUAGGUAUUUGGAUAUCGAAAGCAGUGCUAACUGAAACCACAUUUUGCAUCGUUUGCGAAAUGCUUUACCGACGGAUAGUGUCUACUCAAAUUCUUGCUGUUACUCUUAAAAAUUACUAUAGUUGCCGGGAUGCUCGGAGAUUUCUAAAGAACAUACAGCGUCUUUACAAAGUGCAGUUUGAAAAAUUAAAGAUCUACGGAAUAUUUACUAUUGACGCUGCAUUGCCUUUACGUUUGGGACGUCUCAUUGCUGAUUACACUGUAAUAUUGCUACAGUUUGCAUUUUUAAGAAAUUAA